ACUCCAAAAUUCAUUGCCAUGUUUGUAAAUGAAAUCCACCAGGUGGCCCUGUGGAUGUGCUAUGCCAAGCGUUGGCUAGGCUCAGUUCAUAGUGAUGGGAAGGGAAGGCUAAAGAUGGCGGAUUUAUUUAUGAAACAUCGAUGUGGCUACUGUCAGGACGACAUUCUUGGCAUUCGGAUCCGUUGUAAUAUCUGUGUCGACUACGAGCUUUGUUUACAGUGUUUUUCACUUGGUUGUGAAAUUGGUCCACACAAAAAUAGCCAUGGAUACAAAUUAGUAGAUCCUGGAACAUUUAGCAUUUUCCCUGAUCAAAAAAGGGAUGAUGAAAAUGGCUGGAUCUCAAGGGAAGACUACCAAUUGCUUGAUGCCAUAGAACAAUUUGGUUAUGGAAAUUGGGAAGAUGUUGCAAAACAUGUAGAAACACGAGGAUCAGAAGAAUCAAAGGAACACUACUGUGAAAGAUUCGUCACAGGGACAAUAGGUAAGCUGACAUGGCAGGGACUUCCAAAUGGUCAGCUGGCAAGUGGAGAGUCACGUUUAUCAGCUGUUGAUCAUACAUGCCCAGACAAUGCACCUCUAUCACCUUCUAUCACAUCUAGACUACCUCCUUUGGCUAUUGAACCAGAAGAAACUUUAGAACUUGGUUACAUGCCCCAGCGGGAUGAUUUUGAAAGAGAACAUGACAAUGAGGCUGAGGCUAUCGUUUCUCAUUUAGCCAUCAAUCAUGACGACGAGGAUAUCGAUUUGGCAUUAAAGCUGGCCCAGGUUGAUAUGUAUACGCGACGAUUGAGGGAAAGAGCAAGAAGAAAGCGGGUUGCACGUGAUUUUCAACUAGUAUCCUUAUUUUUCAACGCCGCUAAGAAAGAAAAAGAAAAACCGACAACCGCAGCCAAAAAAAGAGAAUUUCAAAAAGAAAAAGAGAUACAGGAAAAAUUUCGUUCAUUUUCCCAAUUCCACACAGCACCGGAACACGAGCAAUUUUUGCGCAAUCUGACUAAAGAAAGAGCUUUACGAUUGCGGAUUCGAGAACUAAUCAAAUACAGGAGGAAUGGGUUAACACGACACGAAGAGUGCACUGAAUACGAACGACUACGCUAUUUCCGCGAGAGAAAAAAAGAAGCCAGAUUGGAUCGCCAGCGCCGGAAAUCCGGAAGCAGUGGACCGGGGCCGAUUGUACAAAACCCUGGGACACUACACAAGUCAGACAACGCAAAGGAAGAAGCGCUACUUUCAAACUGUCGAGACGCAAGAGCCACGUCCUUCGGCAACAACAACAGCGUCCUCAACGUUUCAAACAGUCUGGCUCGACUCGGGCCCGCACUCUCCGCUAACGCUCGAAUGUCCCAGUCAGAAUGGCAGGAGGCGGUUGCCAAUCAUAUCGCCAAGAGCGACGAUCUCACCUUGUGUCCCGGUUUUGAACUGCUCAGUUCUUUUGAAAAACAAAUUUGCCAAAGUUUACGUUUGAGGCCAAUGCAUUAUAUUUCUUUGAAGGCUAAUCUCAUAUUGAAUGGAACUGACAAAACCCCUCUGCUAUCCGGUCUGGCUGCUGACGAGCAGAUUAUGAUUGUAAAUUAUUUUACGAAAGCCGGUUUUUUGUCUGUAGAGUAAACCAAAAAUUUCAGUUAAAUAUAAUUUGCCUUUUUAAAAUAUCAAA